AUGUCCUCUCAAUUCUUGCAGACGGAGAUCGCCAAUUUGAUUCAUGAGUCUCGAAGGAAGAACUCCGAUUUGCGAAAUGCCGCCGAACAAUCGUUGAAUGAGCUUAAAGCACUACCAUCAACGUCUGAGGCUCAGAUAGCAGCAGACCUUGUUCGUAAACCGAAUUUUGUCGAGCCAUUCAUCAUUGCGUGCCAUACUCGGCAUGCGAAGCUUGCUGGCAUUGGUGUGAUCUGCUUACAGAGACUAAUUGCAUCCCGCUCAUUGCCCUCGAGUCGUUUGAAAGAUGUCCUCGGGGGCCUAAAAGAGACAACGAGCUUGAGCCUUGAUAUUCAGCUAAAAAUUCUGCAGUCUCUCCCUUCGCUUUUGCAGUUUUAUUCCAAUGAAUUGAGUGGGGAGCUUCUUGCGAACACAUUGGAAAUAUGCGCCACUUUACAGGCAAGCAAAACGAUUGCAGUCUCUAGUACUGCCGCGGCUACCCUCCAGCAGCUGGUGGUAUCGACAUUUGAAAGAGUUUCAAGUGAAGACAAUCUUCCUAGAGAUGCCAAAAUUACUACAACCAUCAAAGUCGAUGGUCGGUCGCUUGACAUCGGCUACUUCGCCUACGAUGCACUGCGAGUAUUGGAUGAUCUCUGUCGUCUGAUCGAUGGCGAGCCACUGCAAUUUCUGCGAACACGAACCCUAUCCCAGACUUUUGUGCUUGAACUUAUCGAGAGUAUUCUCCUGAACAGCGGCCGUCUUUUUGUGGGACAUCCCGAACUUUCGCAAGUGCUGCGCGUUCGAUUAUUACCACUAGCCGUCCGUUGCCUAUCUGAGAGGUAUUCAUUCGCUCAAACCGUCCGAGUGGCUCGAAUUCUUCUCAUUCUUUUGAAGCGUCAUAUGUCUCUCUUGACUACCGAAUGCGAGAUGGCAUUGAGUCUGAUAACCCAUCUCGUUGAGCCGGAUGGGACAGCGCCUUGGAAACGAUUACUCUGCAUGGAGGUUUUCCGAGGGCUAUACUCUGAGCCGGGUGCCGUGCGGCUAAUCUAUACUCUGUAUGACGGCGAGGAAGGCAGAAAGAACAUCCUCCGAGAUCACAUGGCUGCGCUUGUUCGGCUAGCUUCAGAGAAGCCUUCGUUGAUUGGUGUCAGCAAUCAAUCAACAGUACCUUCACGCGCGGAACACAGAAGAUCUACCACAGAGGAUACAAUAACUCUUGAAACCGGUGGUGUUGCUGGUGUCAUUGGGUCAACGGUUCCUCCAGGUGAAACCAAGGUACCUGGAAUCAGCACUCAGUGGAGUGUGGUUCGUACGCCAUAUAUCGAUCUCCUUGACAAGACAGACCCACCCACACCACCAGACACCUACAUUUACAGCCUGGUUCUUAAUUGUAUCAGUAGCUUUGCCGAAGGGCUCGCGAAAUUUAUUCUUCCAUUGACGGUCCCGGAUCUAAAGCAAAGACGCAAGAAUCGACUUAUGAGUCCCGCCCAAGGGCCUGAUUCCGCCAGAUCUUCUCAAGACUUUACAGCAGAACCCACUCGAGUGCGGCCUAGCUCGCCAUCAAAAAAAUCACAUGUCCCCAUAAAUCCUCUUGACUUGCAAUCCCAUAUACAAUACUCCGCUAUCAAGACCUGUGCGGGGAUAAUAGAGAACUGUUGGCCUGCUGUCCUAGCGGCUUGUUCCACUUUCUUGCGCGCAUCCUUGGAUGACGAGUAUUACCACAAUCUCGUUCGAGCUUUCCAAAAGUUAGCUCAUGUGGCGGGUCUUCUAAGAUUGGCGGUUCCCCGAGAUGCUUUCUUAACGACUCUCGGAAAGGCCGCCACGCCUGCGAGUGCGGGUGGUGCCAAGUCACACAAUGUGUCUACCAUUAGCUCCCAGCAAAGCGACACACCCCAAAAGAAACGGAGAAGUGCGGAUUUGUCAAAUGCCAGUUCUUCAACAAUGGAGGCUUCAGGAGCAACUGCGGGCGAAGGGCCACCUGUGUCUUUAAGCACGAGGAACCUACUUUGUAUGCGUGCUUUGCUUAACCUCGGAAUUGCUUUGGGCCCGACAUUGGAUCAGCCGGCCUGGUCCAUUAUUUUUGAAACACUUCAAUAUACUGGACUGGUGAUUGGAAUGUCCUCAAGCGCGAUGGUCAAAUCGGCUACUGGGACUGGGGAAAAUUCAGUUACCCCAGGAAACGACGUUCCGACAGCUAAUCUUGGGACUGAGGUGAUUGCAGUCCAGGCAGCUUCUAGCAAAAUGCUUGAAAGCACCAGCGAUUUCCCAAGUGCAUCUUUUGAGGAAAUAUUAUUCGCCUUGUUGAAUCUGUCAACAUUUACCGAGCAGCGUCGCAACCAAAUUGAUGCACAGGAAGUAUCAGAGGUGCCACGAACGCCACAAUCCUUGCAAGGAAGUGGACGCUUACACCAAGGUUCUCGACGUGUAUCGCAGACCGUCGGAAAAUCGAGAAUGCAAGACGAAGAACUCAAAUUCGUACUGGAAAAAGGAAACGAACUAGCGAGGGCAAACCUUGGGAGAAUGUCUUCGCUUGAAGAACAAGACAGCAAAGCAUGGGAGCUGCUGACGCAAAGUCUCAUCUCGACCUCCACAAAUACUACCGUCAGUCCGAAUCUUCGCCUGCAGGCAAGCGCAAUUUUGAAUUCACUCGUAUUCUCAACGAUGAAACAAAGGGACGAAGACGACGAGAAAGUCUACAAUCAAUUGCAAAUGAGGAAUCUGCAGACAUUGAAAGCCCAGGUUUCCUCGCUCUAUGCAUCAGACAUGCACACCUCUAAGUCUUUACCAAUAACCGUGAUUGAAAUUCACGAACAGAGCUUGGAAGUGUUAAACAACAUCCUAGAACAAUAUGCAGAAACUUUCGUGGACGGAUGGCACCUCAUAUUUGAUUUGAUAUCUGGUGUCUUCCAAUCUGCUCCGGAUCCUGAAACUGGCGAUCAGUCUUCCACCCUGAUAGAGCGCAGAUCAUCGGCACUGCCCGCAGGCCCUCGUCUGGUACGUGCUGCUUAUAAGUCUUUGCAUCUUGUCGCAUCCGACUUCCUUUCUCUGCUUCCAGCUCCCUGUCUCUUGAGCCUAGUGAACGCCUUCUCUAGCUUUACAUCGCAAACCCAAGAUUUCAACAUCUCCCUCACCACCACCUCAUUUUUCUGGAACGUUUCGGACUUUCUCCAGGGCCAGAUUGAACAUAUCUCAGUUGGCCACGUUGAUGCAUCUGUAAGCGAAGAAGAGCUAGCCAAAUUGGCUCAUGACGAGGACCCCUCUGUUUCUCGGAACUCGUUGUGGCUGCUGCUGUUGCUUCGUAUCGUUGAUAUCACAACAGAUAGCCGACCUGAGAUUCGAAACAGCGCAGUCCAUACACUACUGCGCAUCUUUGACGCCUACGGGCAGCAGCUUUCCCCCGAAGCAUGGCGUCUGUGCCUGAACAUGGUCCUCUUUAAGAUGGCCGAAGGAAUUGAGACCCCUCUGCUCCAAUCAAAAAACAAUCGGAGCAAUGCAAAAUCCGAUGACUUCACGGCAUGGGUGGAUACGGCAGUAGUGAUGAUCAAGGGUUUAUCAAAUCUUAUCACAAAUUUCUUCGAUACCCUUGUGCGCGAUGAGAAGUUUGAUCAGUCCUGGGGGCGACUUUUGAAGUACUUGCAAAGUCUAAUCGACUUGCACAUUUUGGAUUUCAGCGAAGCAACCUUUUCAAGCCUCUCGGCGAUUCUCCUCCGGGUGCAAAAUGGGGGUGAACUUAGCAGCGGUGUUCUUGAGUGUGCUUGGCUUCUUUGGGCAAACGGACACCCCGCUGGCGAUGAGCAGAUACUCGACUUAGAUCAACCUAACCAGGAAGCUGCUUUGGCUUAUCUACAUGCGUUCCAACAGAUCUAUCGCCUUUACAAAGACCAGCUGACCACGAAACAUAUUGAAAAUGUCCUUCACCACCUGAGCUUGCUUGUGUGGAACUCGGUCUCCCCGCGGUACUCUCCGGAUAUCGACCGGCCUUCGGCACUGCAAGAGCUAGUCAUUGAUUGUAUCAAAGUGCUCUGCCUGGAGAAAGAGGACUCCCAGCCAGAUAUUCUCUUGUGUCUUGCCGAGCUAUCCGAUUCAGCACUAUCAAAAUGGAGCCCCGGCAGCGACACUCGAAGACCAGCGUUCGUGGCCUUCUCGAAAAGAACCAUCGAUCUUGUCAGCUGGUACAUUGCCGACUUCGGCAUCAAGCAAGACGUCUUUACGAAUGGUGCUCUUGCAAACUGCCUCGCACACCUCAGUGCUCUAGUCACGCACAAGUACCUCUGGCAAGGGAAGGACCGCGAGCCGUUCCUAUGGCAAAAGGCUACAACAGUAUCCCUAAACGUCCUUCAAGUCGCUGUCCCCUACGUGGAAAAUCAAUACACGAAGACCACCGAGUCCGAAACAUCUCAGUUCUGGCAGCGUAUCGUCGACAUCACAAACGGAAUUGUUUCUGCCCAUGGCUUCCAAAGCCAACAACUCCCAAACGCACGAAUCACCGCAGACGAAACGUUCGACAUCCAAGCCUUCACCCGCUUGAAGACCCUCAUCCUCCCAUCACUCGGAGCAGCAGCAAUCCCAGACGCCGUCCGCCGCAACUUCGCCCGCGCUCUCUUCCACUCCUCCUUCAUUUACGCCCCCCUCCGCUUCGACCUACCUACCACCAGUCUCGAAGACGCACCCCUACAGGACUUCUACACCGUACGCCCCGGGCGCACCUUCGACCCGCCGCCAACCAUGCGUCCAGGAAUAGCUUACGUCCUCCUAGACACACUUUUCGAGCUCGCCGCACACUCGCAAGCCAAGACCGAGACAAAAGCCGACGUCCCAUCCCCGCAGACUCUGCUCGCCCGCUCGAUCUCGCCGUACCUCCUCUUGCGCUGUGCGGUCUCGUUGAAGUCGUACAUCGCAGACCAGCCGCUGCGUGGCUUGAUGCCCCAGCCCACGCCUGCUCGUAAGGCCCUGCUCCAUCUGCUCGUCCGCAUGGUCGAACUGAAGAGUGAGCCAUCGGCUAUCCCGGAUCCCCCUUCACUGAAGACUGUCUCAGUUCUCGAGGCUGGAGAUGCGGAACAUCAUUAUCGGAAACAUCUCGAGUGGAUUUAUCCGUUGGCUGUUCGUGCUGUGCAGGUCGCUGGUAAAGAACGUGAUGAUGGGCAGAUUCUCCAGGCAUUGGGGAAGGUGUUGCAGGAAAUUGGUCGGUUUGAGUAUUAG